ACACCCUCAUCAAGAGCCCCUGCCCAGCUUUCCUGGAGCACCUUUGCAUACUGGAAGCUGUUCUGAGGUCUCCUCAGAGCCUUCUCUUCUCCAGGCUGAACAACACCAAUUCUCUCAGCCUGGCUUCGUGUGGGAAAUGAGUACCACUUCUUUGGCUCUUGUUUCUGCCUUCUCUUUCUUCAUAUAAAAUACUUUUUAGAAGAUAUUUUUGCUACAAAAACGCUGUGUGGUGCUGCGGUUUCUGAAGUUUCCCCCGAACCAGAACAAGACUUCAGAGGAAAUACUACACCAUCUGCAAAACAUUGUUGACUUUGGAAAGCAUGUCAUGAAGCAAUUCUUUGGGGAGAACUACGUUCACCAUGGGGAAAUUAUCCAGCUGCCUUUAGACUUCGUCAGACAGCUCUGCUUGAAAAUUCAACCAGAGAGGCCUGAGUCUCGCUGCGAUAAGGACAUGGACACUCUUAGUGGUUACGCGAUGUGCCUUCCUAACCUGACCCGGCUGCAGCCCUACCGCUUUGUGGAGCACCGGCCGAUCCUCUGCAUAGAGAUUAAGCCAAAGUGUGGCUUCAUUCCUUUUUCCAGCCAUGUUUCACAGGAGAUAAAGCACAAGGUGUGUCGUUACUGUAUGCACCAGCAUCUAAAGGUAGCAAAUGGGAAGUGGAAGCGACCAAGUAAAUACUGCCCGCUGGAUCUCUUCUCAGGAAACAAACAGCGAAUGCACUUUGCUUUGAAGAGUUUAUUACAGGAGGCGCAGAACAACUUGAAAAUAUUUAAGAACGGGGAACUAAUUUAUGGCUGUAAAGAUGACCAGGACUGUCUCUCUGACUGGAACGAACUUGCUCGUCACUUAAAGCCUUUCUUUUUCCCUUCCAAUGGGCUGGUCAGUGGACCCCACAGCACAAGGACAAUUGUUAAAGAGCUCGUCCAUGUUAUAACCACGGCGCUGCUGAGUAGUACAGAGGCCUGCAGGGCAGGUGAUAUGAAGACUGUUCCUCUCUCACAAGGAAGAAGCUACUGUGAAGCAAGUGCUUUUAACAAGGAGCUGGCAAGAAAUGGUAAACACAAACUGGAGAGCUCUGGCUUACCGAGGGGCUGUCUCCUUUACAAAACCCUUCAGGCGCAGAUGCUCGACAUGCUGGAUAUUGAAGGACUUUACCCCCUGUACAGCCGAGUCGAGCAGUACUUGGAGGAAUUCCCUGAAGAGCGAAGUACCUUACAGAUUGACGGGCCGUACAAUGAAGCGUUUUAUGAGAAGCUGCUAGAUCUUUCCACUGAAGAUGAUGGGACAGUGGCCUUUGCGCUGACAAAGGUGCAGCAGUACCGGAUAGCGAUGACUGCUAAAGACUGCUCCAUCAUGAUCGCCCUCUCGCCCUGUCUGCAAGACGAAUGCUCGGAGCAGAGACCUGUGGUACUGACGUCCAAAUCCAGAUUCAUCUUUUCUGUUUCUGUCCUGGACCUGGAUCUCAAGCCCUACAACAGCAUUCCUCACCAGUACAAACUUGAUGGCAAGAUAGUGAACUAUUACCUGAAGAAUGUACAGGCCAAAGAUGACCCUGUGAUGUCUGGUCUCUUCAAGGAGAACGAAGACUGCACAUUAGUUCUCCACAAAGUGUGACUGUCUCCUUGAGGUUAUUUUUAUUGGAACACAUGAGAAAGUGAAAGGUUAAUGGAUACGAUUAUGGUGAUUUUAUUUUUAUUGUGUUCAGUGCAUUUUCAGCUGUGAAUGUUCUUGCUUUAAGAAAUGAUUUCUCAUUGGGAUGCCUUUUUUUCAGAGACAUGGGAUAGCACUAAGCCACGCGUCUGCCGAAUAACCUGAAUGAAUGUAUUUAAUGUGAUGGGGCAGCUAAUGGGCCAUGCUGGGAGCCAGAGGACAGGGAAGUUCAUACUCAAACUCUACUUCCUUAGCAUUGAAAAAGCACAGAAUUGAAGGGUUCCUGAAGUCUUGCACUAAUGUAGGCAGGCUAAUUACUAACGAGAGAAUUGCCUUGUGCUCAGUCUCUCUCGUACCUGCUGGGAAGAGGGACUGCUCUAACAAAAGAUAAAGCUUUAGCAUUAAGUCCCCUGAAGUACAACUGAGGUGGCUGCUCAAGUGUUACUGAGCUAUGAGUUGCCAUGUGCUGCAGAAUGCAGUUCAGUCCUUGUGCCUGGGACUGAGAAGGCCAGGCCGCCCCCAGAGGCUCCGUGUUCACCUUGUAUCUGCCUAAAGCUUCAGAAGCCAAGGGGCAGGGGUUACAGGUAGGCGUCCUGGAGUAUUGUGACAGCUGGGCUUCACCCAUCUGCCACAGUGAUCUCCAAUUUCUGUACAUGAUGUGCUGCUACUGAAGGGGAAACCACAGCUCGCUCUUCCCUGACUGAAAUGGAGCUCUAACGAUAAUGUGUGCUCAGUGUUAGGGGUUCUUUCAGGUCGGUGUGUCGGAGGCUGGCAGCAUUCAGCUGGUGCCCCACCUGCUUUCGGGCUUAUUCUUUUUAGGUGACACAGGCAAAAGUGACAGCAUCUGAUUUUAUGAAGGUGCAGGGGUCACAUCCUCAGACUAAGCACUGGAGCCAGGCUGGUGUCACUACGCCAGAGAUUCAGCAAUGGUGUGUGCAGCUGAAAGCUUAGGGUGUUGCAGGAAAAGCUAUCCUGGAGGAAGGUCCUGAGUUGGAGAGUGAGGAUCUGCUCAAAGCGAAGGUGCUAUGACCCGAUCUAUGGCAGCUGGGGAACCCUGAUGCGUGCAGAGGGCUGCGGUGCUGUGCCUGGGUGCCGUGGGCUCUCACGGGUGCUGCUGUACCAGGGACUGUAGGUUAACAUUUGAAAACCAGGUCCUUGUUGGGAUUUCAGGGGUGUGUGUGCAUUGUUCCGUUUUACCAGGCAUUCAAAAGGCAAACACCGCAGCCCCUGUCUGUUGGCACAGGUCAAGGCAGGGGUGUGAAACACAGAGUGACACCACUCCUGCAGCAGUGGAGCUUUGCCGUGGGUAGCAGCCCCGCAGCGGCAGUCUGGUGUUCUGCCUCGAGUGGCAGCGUGCAGCUCUGGAGAGGGGCUGGGGCUGCUCUUCCCCGAACCGGCCGCCGCGGCAGCGUGAGGGGCUGGCGGCUGUGGUAGCACCUGCUUUCCAAAGAGCUGUUUCUAAACCCAGAACCCCCUGCUGCUGGCCAAGGGGAGGAAGGGUGGAACGGCCACCACGGAAGGUCUCAGGUUUCAAUGCUGUAACUGCGCCCAUGAACCAAACGGGUUCAUUUUCACACAAGAAGGAGCUAAAAAUGAAAUAAAGGCUAUAUUGAGGAGCUAAACCAGUCCCAUGCCGGUCGAUAAAGCAGCAAUGUAUUUUGCCCGUCUGCUGGAUCCCAAAUUUGACCUUAACCUGCCUUACACCCUACAGGAUCCUCCGUGGUAGGGUUGCUGCUCAUCAACACUGAAUCUCUGGCGUUACCCAGCUGCAGACUGACAGAAACCAGUCUGGUCUGUUGGUCCUUCCUGACCUACCAGAACAAUAGAAGGCUGUUCAAGUGAUCACAUAGUGAACGUUAAACACACUGGUGCUUAAGCUCUUGGUUUCUCUCUCUGUUUUGCUAUUGCUAUAGAAUAAUUCAUUGUAACUUAUAGACAGAGAUGGCAGUUGUGUUGGUUGCAUGGCUCAAGCAGCUGUGGGUUUGAAAAGAAAGUCUCUCAGUGUUACCUGAGAGUCCCGAGACAGUGUUUUGGCCCCUCGUAUUCCAGGAACAACAGCGGUCCCUCCCUACCCCAGAGGAGGUGAGGUGCAGGUCUGGCUGUGAGCGCUGGUGCUGAGCAGAACUCUGCUGACAAAUGGUCCAACUGAGGGAGGGCAUGGGGCAUCCGCCUGAUCCCGUUAUUUCUUCAGGGAUGAAUGUAUGGAACGUGGUGCUUUCAUAUUGUGUUGCCUACUGGAGCUUCCCCCUCCAGGAAUGCAGGGAAUGGACACAGAGGGGUGGUGGGCAGCGGUGAACUCGUCUGUCUCUUACGAAGGGCGAUGGUCCUUGUCCAGCUCAGCGCUGUCUGAUCGGAGCGUGGGGGAAGCAGUUUCUUCGUGCAGAUGCCCUUUGUUCUUUCUAACAUAGUCCAUCUUUGAGACCUUCAUGCUGUCUCCUUCCCCCUAAUUUAAUGAGAAGGCUCCGUAACUGUCCUGGAGGGUUUCUUCCUGUUCUCUCGUUUUAAAAUCACUGUACUUUACAGAGCUGUGAAAUGGAUUUUUAUGGACUUGAUUUUGACAGUGCAUGAUCUUUUAACACUUUCCAGGUGUCUAGGAAACGUUGAGAAGAUACAAACCACUCUGGUACAUUAAUGAUUCAGAGAGAGAUUUAUAAUGAAAUCACUCUGUACAUGUAACUAUUUUAUUUGGCAUUUUUGUAUUUAAAUGGCUGUAUUUAUUUUCAUGUCAUGACAAUUUAUAUAUAACGUGCCAUAAUUGUACAGAUAGCAUGGUUUAUGAGUAUGAUUUCUAAAUGGAAAAUAACUUAAUGUUUAUACUCAAUAAAAUUAUGGACUGUGUAACACAAUAUCUUAAUUAAAACUACUUUUGAAAUCGC